UAUUUUUAAUAAUACUCAUGCAGAACUUUCAAGUUUACAACAUCAAAUGAAAGAACUUCAAACAGUUUAUCAGUCAAAUGAAGCAGUGCCUAUUGAUGAAUCUGAAACUGAUGAAUCUGACCAAGAAGAAGAAUCUUUAGCUAAAUUUACUGAACAUACUGAACCUACUUUAGAUGAAUCUACUUUAAAUGAACCUCUUUUAAGUGAAUUUGUUUUAAGUAGUGAACAAAUAAAUAAGUUUAAAAAAAUUUAUUCAAAAAACAAAAUUGAUAAUAAUGUGAAUGAUAAUGAUAAUGUAAUUCAAAAAAUAAAAACUUCAUUAAAUAAAAAAGAUGAAGAAGCUCAACUUAUAAAGUUACAAACAGAAUUUUGUUGUAAAGACAGAUGUCUUCAAAAAAUUUCACAUGAAGAUGCUUUA